AUUAUGCUACCUUUCGGAAUGAAAUUUGUUCGAAAACUAUUUGUUGACUAUUUUUGCUAGUCAAUACCUAAAAAGGGAAGCAUAGUUGAGUAAAGUUCUAGGAAUGCUUAGGUCUGAGUCGUGUAUGUUAAAAGAAUGACAAAAGUCACAUCGGUUGUUUAUGAGAUGAGUAAAUUCUUUGUAAGGUUUGGGCAAUCCUCUUCCAUUUGAGCUAGCUUUUAGAGUAUGAGUUAGCCCCAAGACCUAGUUUCACGUGGUAUCAGAGUGGGGCCUCCAAAAUCAAAAAUUGCCCACGCACCACAUGCUAAGACUUGGCGUGAGGUGGGGUGUUAAAAGAAUGACAAAUGGUUAAUGAGAUGGGUGGAGGAUAUAAGGCUUGGACAAUCCUCUUCCCUUUGAGCUAGCUUUUGGGGUGUGAGUUAGGCGUAAGACCUACUUUCACAGUGUAGUGUAAUUCUGGAUGAGAGAAAAUUAUUGGUGAAAUUCUACAAGUGCAAGUACUAAAGCUGGUUAGGUCUAAGUUGUGAUUUUGAAUGUCAGCAAAUUUGCAUUUGCUAGUGUUUGGAACGGAUUGACAUCUCUUCUUGGUAAAUCAGGACAAUAUGAGAUACAGAGCCUCAAAUUAUGCAAAGUUAAUUAUGUACAUGAGUGGAAGAAAUUUUCGAUGUUGUGAAAGGUCAAAAGGAGUGUAUAGGGGAUAAAUGAAGGAAAAGAGAAAACAGAUGUAUAGUUGACUCUAAACUGAAUGAACAGUAUCUCUGUAUUACAUCCGUCUUGCCUGUUGAAGUCUACUGCAUUCAACACUAAACUAUUUGUCUUACAAGAGUUUGAUGUGUGUAUGAAUCAGUUCUUCCUGUGUGUUCUUUUAUUAGUUAUAUUGGCAUUAAUUCCAAGAGUCUGUAGGUUACUAGAGAUAACUUCCCUUAAUAUGAUAUCAUCUCUACCUCGUCUAUUUUUAUCACAGUCAGUAGUCAUAAUUAUCAUAUUGUCACACUUAUUGACAAGACAAGAUGAUUUUAGAGGAUAUGUGAAAAUCAUAUCAUUCAAUCCUUUUUAAUUUUAUUCACUCAGUCUUGAUAAGUAUAUGCCGAACAUCCAGAUGUAACAACAUUCAUCUUGUGUAUACAUUGUAUAAUAGUGUCACUAUGUAGAGGUUGCGUUUCUUUAGUUUAGUUUUUGCUUUCAUUACCUUCUUUUCUUUCACUUCUUUUCUUCCAUCCUAUAAAUGGAAAUGGUUAGAGAGGGUUGGAAUCAUGGUUUUAAUACUUUUCUUUGCUUCAAAUUGAAGCCACACAUCAUUUCUCCCACUGAUUGUUCACCUUCUUGUGUGAAUUUUAUCUCUACCAUUUCUCAGCCAAGGGCGCCUAAGAAGGUAUAAAUAUGCAUUAUAGAAACUAAAACAUUGUGCCACUCAUCAACAAACAACUUAAAACCUCUCAUCCCCAAAACUCUCGCUUGCCUCUGGGAGAGAGUUUUAUAAAGGACAUGUGUGGCGGUAGGGGGUGAAAACUUGAGAAUAGAGAUAUUAGCACUUACAUAUGAAGGCAUGGGUGUGACAAAAUGGCAAGGGCCUCACGUCUAUACCUUGCAUUCCCUGCAGGUCAGGCAUCCAUUUGACUCUUCUAAAUGGGGUCGAAUCUGUCGGUUUCUCACUAAGGAAGGUAUCAUGGACCAAAAGCAUGUAGUUGAGCCUGUGGAGGCAACAAAAGAUGAUCUGUUAGUGGUGCAUUCUGAAUCAUACCUGAAAAGUUUGAACAGCAGCUUGAAUGUCUCCAUGAUUAUUGAGGUCCCUCCUGUUGCGAUGCUUCCUAAUUGCCUUGUGCAAAAGAAAGUGCUCCACCCAUUCCGCAAGCAGGUGGGAGGAACAAUUUUGGCUGCAAAGCUUGCAAAAGAACGAGGAUGGGCUAUUAAUGUUGGUGGUGGAUUUCAUCAUUGCUCAUCAGAGAAGGGAGGCGGUUUUUGUGUUUAUGCUGAUAUAUCUCUUUGUAUACAUUUUGCAUUUGUGCGUCUAAAUAUCUCAAGGGUCAUGAUAAUUGACCUUGAUGCACACCAAGGAAAUGGCCAUGAAAUGGACUUCUCUGAUGACAGAAGAGUCUUUAUCCUUGAUAUGUACAAUCCCGGAAUUUAUCCACUUGAUUUUGAAGCCAGGCGUUACAUUGAUCUGAGAGUCGAAGUUAAGAGUGGGACUGCGACAGAUGAAUACUUAACUAAGCUAGAUCAUGCACUCGAGGUUGCAGAGAAGAGAUUUGAUCCUGAUUUCAUUGUUUAUAAUGCUGGUACUGAUAUCUUGGAUGGGGAUCCACUUGGCAGGUUGAAGAUCAGUCCUGAUGGCAUUGCUAGUAGGGAUGAAAAAGUUUUCAGGUUUGCUCGAGAGAGAAGUAUUCCCCUCAUCAUGCUCACAUCAGGCGGUUACAUGAAAUCGAGUGCCAAAGUUAUUGCUGAUUCCAUCGUAAAUCUCUCUAAUAAAUCCCUAAUAGAUAUGAAGAGCUAGCUUACUAACUGGGCAAGCAUGUCUUUGCAUAGCUACUUAAAAAGGCCUGAAAUUGACCUGUGGUAAAGUCGAGAUUGCUCAUUUGUGUUGUAAGGAAAUAGAUUAAUUUCCCUUGAUAGUGAAUGCUUGUAUGGGAUGCUAGAGAUGGGAAAAGCGAGACGAACUUGUGAAUAUUUGUGUACCUUAAUGCAUUUAGGCUAGAAUGUAAAUUGUGUAAGUGCUAGUUCAUAUUCAUGUAGCUUAAAAUCAUCGAUACGUCAGGAUAUGGUCUCUGCUGUCAUGGAUUGUGAUGCAGGAAGGAGCAUAAUUUAACGUUAUGGCUCAAUCUUGGCAAUAGAUUGGAACCUGUUUGUACGUUGUUGUGCUUAUGUUGAUUAUCUAGAGAGUUGUGCAA